AAAACAUAAAAGAACGACUAAACAAAUACAAAGAAAAUCGACUUGCACGCCUCUCGACGCUGCAACUACCACAUCGUCACAUCAUCGAAAUGGUGGCUUUGUUUCUGGGCAUUGAUCAAAACGAAGUAGUGGAGGGCGUUAUUGAUCUUGAGGCGCACGUUAACUUGCUUAAUGCAUUCAUGAGCAAAGGAGACAAGCAUGCGAUUAUCUUCUUUUAUCAAGAUGAUGAGGCACCACCACUUGAAACCGGAAGAUAUUCAGCGUUUGUCACCGGACUGAAAGAAAAAAUCGAGAAGAGAGUUUUUGUUAGCGAUGGAUUACAUACAGCGUUCAAAGAACAAGCUGUAGUUGUUUAUAAAGUCGAAGAUAAAGAUCUAGAAAUGAGAAAUUUAGGCGAGGAUUGCUUCUUUGCAAAACUAAAUAUUCAAGAUUUUAACGGGAACGUAGUAUCAGUGAUUUUUAACCUUUUGAAGACAUUGAUUGCACCCAGUAUUAAUUUAAACAACGACUGGGGUGACCUGUUAAAAAGCGAACAUGGACUCUUAAUAAAACGCGAUUUCAUCGGCGAUUUUCGACAAUUUUACAAUUUUAUAGACACAACCAGAAUUGAUCUUGACGGCAUUGUAAAAUUCGUAUACAAUCAAGAAUUUUACACUAACCAACUUUCAUCGCCAUUGUUAGUAAGGUCCACAGCGAGUAAAAUCGAACAUGUGCGUUAUGUCGAAACUGUAGUCCGUUCCUGGGCCAAAGUAAUGGAACGAGUACUCACACAAUUCCAACAACUACGCAGAGAGAAUGAAUUUGUGGGUCCUGUGGUUGAAAUUGAAUACUGGCGUCGACAGCUUGCAAAAUUUACGAGCAUUGUUGAAUUUUUAAAAUCUGAACCUUGCAUGAGACAUGUACAAUUACUUCAACAAGCAAAAUCUAAGUUUUUAAAGAAAUGGUACAAACAUGAUAAUGCAGUGACAGAUGCCCGUAAUGAAUGCCAAGAUAAUGUUAAAUAUCUCUACGCUUUGGAACAAUAUUGGCAGCCAUUAUACCGUUGUGAUCCUUCCAAAAUCCCUGAUCAUCUUCCUGCACUCUUAUAUGCAAUCAGAAUGGUUUACACAACAUCUAGAUAUUAUAAUAACACCGCAAACGUGACAGCUAUUUUGGUGAAAGUUUCCAAUCAAAUGAUUCAAGUAUGUCGCAGUUAUUUGAAUUGUGACGGGACAAAAAUAAUAUGGCGUCAACCUCGCCAUGAAAUAAUGGCAAAAUUUAAAGUCUGCUUAGACUUAUACUUAAAAUACUAUCAAUGUUUUAAACAUGUUCUAUUAAAAAUGGAAUUGGAAGGCGAGUCACCGUUUGAAUGCUCAGAAAUGUACGUUUUUGGCAAAUUUGAAACAUUUAAGAAACGCAUUGAGGAAAUUAUCGACGUUAUCGAAAUUACAACAAAAUAUUCAAUACUAGCAUCUAGUACAAUUGAAGGAAUUGAUGAAUACGCAAAUUUAUUCAAAAAGUUUUAUCUUACCAUUUCGUCAAAGACUUAUGAUGUGUUAAAUCAUCGCUUAGAAGCGUUUGAUAAAGAUUACGAUGAGUUUAAACAAAACGUUGCUGACACUGAAUACGAUUUAGAAGAAUUUGUCGGAACAAGUUUAGAAAAUUAUUCGGAUGUGGAUAACAUUUUACGCUUAUUAGCGCGGUUUGAAAAGUUGAAUUUGGAAUGCAUUCAUUUAGACGAGCGAUAUUUGGAAGCAUUUGUUGUUUAUCAGUCUGAAAUCGAAGAAAUUCGUGAUAGAUACAACGAAGAUCGACAAAAACCACCUUUACCGAAGAAUAUUCCGCCUGUUUCGGGAAGAAUCAUGUGGAUUCGACAAUUAUACAAACGUAUAGAAGUACCUAUGAGAGUAUUUCAGAAAAAACGUCGCAUUAUGCGACAUAGAAAAGCACAAAAAUGUAUUCAAAUGUACAAUGCCCUAUCAACAGUUUUUGUUCACUAUGAGCAGAUUUAUCAUGACGCAUGGUUUGAUCAUUUGUAUCAAGUCCGGAAUGGUCUAGGUUCGCCUAUUUUAAUGAAACAUCCAAAAACUCGACGUUGUCUUGUUAACUUUGAUGAAUAUAUCAUAGAAGCAAUCAGAGAAUCUGAAUACAUGUACAAAUUAGAAUUGGAAGUACCAGAUGCAGGGCAAAUAUUAGUUUUCUGCAAGGAUAAAAUUUUAGAAUCUUACGAGUUGAUUAAAAAUUUAAUCAAACGACAUGAUUCUAUCAAAGAAAAUAUUCCGCAACUUUUUAUACCUUUAAUGAAAUUGACACUAAUAAAAAUGGAGAAUAUUUUCAUGCCGGGAUUCUCGACAAUUACUUGGACUUCGAUGAAAAUUCCAGAAUUUUGUGAUGAAAUUACUAAGUUUUUGGAUCAUAUUGAAGUGUUUGUCAAGGAAGUAACUGAUAUUAAAGAAGCUAGAAUUGAUGAGAUUCUAGAUAGUAUUAGUCAGAUUAGUUUGGUUUAUUUACCAACUGAACCGGUAACUCCAGCGGAAUUUUUACAAUUAAACAUUGAACAUAGAGAAUCAAUUGUAAGAGAAAUUGAACAGAAAUCCAGCACUGCAGAGAAAGCAGUUGUGGAGUUAAUCGAUAAAUUCAUGGAUGCCAUCAAUGAUCCACACCUACAAGAAGGAAAAUACGACUGGUUGGACCCCGAAAGAGUUGUUAAACCUGUAGGAUCAUCAUCCAAACUUAUAAUGGCUAAUGAAGAUGCACUUUUUGGUGAUAUCGACCGUAAUCAACACAUUGACAUAUUUUCUAUACACUCAGACUGUGUGGAAAUGUUUGCUUAUUUUAAUAUGAACAUGACUGAUGCUUUAGUAAAAUGCACUAAAUCUUCAUUGGAAAAGAUUAAAAAACGCGCUGCUAAUUCAAAUAUUGAAGAUAUGUUAACUACGCUGCCUAUUAUGAAGACUUACAUGGAGUUGCAAAUACCUAUUAAUAUGAUAAUACCUACUUUGGAUCAGAUUCAGCAGCACUUUGCUAUGGUGCUGAAUAAUAUUGUGGCUACUCAUAAGGAUAUCGUGCAAUGGGGACAAAGAUAUGCACGUGAAAAGGUGAAGAAAAAAGGUGUGGUUAUUGCUGAAAAGACUGAGUUCACCACGGCUGCUGGGUUUAUAAAUUGUUAUAAAACCGUGUCGGAACAUAAAGAAAUCGUGAGGAUUUUUAUGGGUCUUCAAGGUGUUAUGUAUUUGUUGAAACCUGAUGUUUUGAAAUUAUUGGAAAGCUACUUAGAAUAUUCUUAUCUCUGGGUAGAAGAUCGUGAUGAACAAAUAGCUGAAUACUGUGCAGGCAACCCACUUGUAGUAGAAAUCGCUGAACGUUUCACUGCUUACGAUGAAAGAGCAGCCAAUAUCCAAGCUCUACCAGAGUAUCAUGACAUUCUUGCAAUACGUAUUAUCAUGGAAAAAUACAAAUUAGCAUUAUUAGUGGAGUCCAACGCAUGGAAACACGUCCUGGGCAAGAUUCUCAUGCAUCAAUACAAAGAAAAACUAAUGGAAAUGAUUGACUUCAUCAAACAACAAGAGAAAAUCCUAGCUAAACCUAUCAAAGACCUAGACGAUUGUCGUCUGGCUAUGAGUUGUCUAGAAACCAUCCGAGAAAACUUUAUUGACAUGGAUAUGCAAUUAGAAAGAAUGGAAGCUGCUUAUGCAACAUUCCUACGCUUCAAAAUUGAUGUCCCCAAAGAAGAUAUUGAAAGAAUUGACACUCUUCGAUAUAAUUUCACUACAAUGGUCAAUAAUUCAAAAGCCGUUCAAGAACAAAUUUGCUUGGUCCAAGGUCCCCUCCAAGACGAACUCACAGCAGGUGUCGCUACUUUCCUUCAAGAUGUCCUCGAUUUCGACGUGGACUUUGAAGAAAACGGUCCGAUGGUCCCCGGAUUGGAAGCAAGAGAAGCCAGUGAUCGAGUUUUGAUGUUCCAAGCACGAUUUGAUGAAUUAUGGAGACGUUUUGAAAUGUACAGCAGUGGUGAAAGAUUAUUCGGUCUCCAAGUCAAUGACUAUCCAAUUUUACACAAAAGAAAGAAAGAAUUUAAUCUCCUAAACAAAUUAUACAGUCUUUAUAUAACUGUAAACACAAGUAUUGAUGGAUAUUCUGAUUUACUAUGGGUGGACGUUGACACUGAAGUCAUAAUGGCGGAAUUAGCUGAAUUCCAAAACAGAUGUCGUAAGUUACCAAAAGGUAUGAAAGAUUGGCCUGCAUUCCUUGAUCUUAAGAAGAAAAUCGACGACUUUAAUGAAACUUGUCCAUUGUUGGAACUUAUGGCAAAUAAUGCAAUGAAGGAACGUCAUUGGUUGCGUAUUGCUAAAGUAUGCAACUAUGACUUUGAUAUCGAAUCACCUACUUUUUCACUGCGAGACGUAAUGGAAGCUCCGUUAUUGAAAUUCAAAGAUGAUGUUGAGGAUAUUUGUAUUAGUGCUGUUAAAGAGAAAGAUAUCGAAGCAAAACUUAAACAAGUUAUUGCCGAUUGGGCUGUUGUAGAAUUAUCCUUCACUACCUUCAAAUCAAGAGGAGAGUUACUUCUUAAAGGUCAAGAAACUUCUGAAAUCAUUGCAGUUCUAGAAGACAGUUUAAUGGUAAUGAAUUCAUUACUAAGCAAUCGUUAUAACGCACCAUUCAAGAAAGAUAUCCAAUUAUGGGUGACCAAGUUAGUAAAUACUUCGGAAGUGUUAGAAAAAUGGAUACAAGUACAGAAUUUAUGGAUUUACUUAGAAGCUGUGUUUGUUGGUGGUGAUAUUGCUAGACAACUCCCGCAAGAAGCGAAACGAUUUCAGAAUAUCGAUAAAAGUUGGGUGAAAAUUAUGCUCAGAGCUCACGAAAUACCAAAUGCUGUUGAGUGUUGUACAUGCGAUGAUACUAUGUUGACUUUAUUGCCAUAUCUUUUGGAACAAUUGGAGACUUGCCAAAAGAGUUUGACUGGAUAUUUAGAGUCGAAACGUUUAUGCUUUCCAAGGUUCUUCUUUAUCUCUGAUCCUGUGUUAUUGGAGAUUUUGGGACAAAGUUCUGAUCCACAAUCAAUUCAACAACAUCUACUCAGUUUAUUUGAUGCUGUAUACAGGGUUGAUUUUGAUCCUGAAAAAUCUGACGCUAUUCUCGGCAUGCGUUCAGAUUUGAACGAAGUGAUACCAUUUGAGAAACCAGUUCAUUGCGUAGGUGGCGUUGAAUUAUGGUUAAAUUCUCUGCUGUCCAUGGUAAGAGACACAGUGAAAAACGUAAUCGCUAAUCAGUGUCAAUGUUUAAAAGAUUCCGACUAUGAUUUUAUCAAAGGUUUUACCGCAUAUUGUGGACAGGCUGGUUUAGUUGGUAUCCAAGUGUUAUGGACGAAAGAAGCUGAACAUGCUUUGCGUAAAAACAAAGUAGAUAGAUACAUCAUGAAGCAAACAAACAAACGCUUCCUGGAUUUGCUUAACUCAUUGAUUGACUUAACAUCCAAAGAUUUGUCUAAACUAGAACGCAUCCGGUAUGAAACAAUGGUUACAAUCCACGUACAUCAACGUGAUAUCUUUGAUGAUAUUGUUAAACUGAAAGUCAGAAAUAUCUUGGACUUUGAAUGGCAGAAACAAGCACGGUUUUAUUACAACGAAGAAAAUGAUGAGAUAACUGUAAAGAUUACAGAUGUGAUAUUUAUGUAUCAGAAUGAAUAUUUGGGUGUGACUGAACGAUUGGCCAUUACUCCUUUGACUGAUCGGUGUUACAUUACUUUAGCUCAAGCUAUAUGGAUGAAUAUGGGUGGAGCACCUGCUGGUCCUGCGGGUACGGGAAAAACGGAAACCGUUAAAGAUAUGGGCAGAACCUUAGGAAAGUUAGUUGUGGUGUUCAAUUGUUCUGAUCAGAUGGAUUUUCGUGGACUGGGAAGAAUUUUUAAAGGUUUAGCCCAGUCUGGUACAUGGGGAUGCUUUGAUGAAUUCAACCGGAUUGAACUUCCUGUGCUAUCAGUAGCUGCCCAACAGAUUUAUAUUGUGUUACAAGCUCGAAAAGAACGGAAACCAGUUUUUCUCUUCAGUGAUGGUGAUUCGGUUACAAUGAACAUUGAAUUCGGAAUUUUCCUAACCAUGAAUCCUGGCUAUGCUGGUCGUCAAGAAUUACCCGAAAACCUAAAAAUCAUGUUCCGCUCAGUCGCGAUGAUGGUCCCCGAUCGACAAAUCAUCAUCCGAGUAAAACUCGCGUCGUGCGGUUUCAAAGAAAACGUUAUUUUAAGUCGAAAAUUCUUCACUUUAUACAAACUCUGUGAAGAACAACUAUCUAAACAAGUGCACUAUGAUUUCGGCCUACGUAAUAUCCUCUCAUGCCUAAGAACUCUAGGCGCACAAAAACGUGAACAUCCAAGUGACACCGAAGAAACAAUUGUUAUGCGUGUACUACGUGACAUGAACCUUAGUAAACUAGUAGAUGAAGAUGAACCUCUCUUCUUAUCUCUUAUUGAAGACAUGUUCCCUGGUAUCAGGCUACAAACACACAGCUGGAAAGAACUACAGAAAGCUAUUGCAAAUCAAUCCAAUUUAAUGGGUUAUAUUAAUUAUUCCACAUGGAAUUUGAAAAUUUUACAACUUUUUGAAACAAGUCUUGUGAGACAUGGUCUUAUGAGUAUGGGACCAACAGGUGCUGGUAAAACAUCAUCAAUGCAUUGCUUGAUGCGUUCGCUGACUGAAAUGGGUAAACCACAUAAGGAAAUGCGCAUGAAUCCAAAAGCUAUAACCGCACCACAAAUGUUUGGUCGCUUGGAUGUAGCUACUAAUGAUUGGACAGACGGAAUAUUUUCUACUCUAUGGAGGAGAACACUAAAGGUCAAGAAAACCGAUUUUGUUUGGUUAGUUCUAGAUGGACCAGUGGACGCAGUGUGGAUCGAGAAUCUUAACUCUGUUUUAGAUGAUAAUAAAACACUGACUCUUGCAAACGGUGAUAGAAUUGUGAUGGCACCAAAUUGCAAGUUGGUGUUUGAACCUGAUAAUGUGGAUAAUGCUAGUCCUGCAACCGUGUCAAGAAUGGGUAUGGUUUUCUUAAGUUCGUCUGUAUUACCAUGGACGCCACUAUUACAAGCUUGGUUGAUUACGAGACCAUCGCAGGAAGCUGAAGUCCUUCGGAAUUGUUUCAACAAGAUUUAUGACGAUAUGCAUACUUUUGUACAGUCAAGACUGAAGCCUAAAAUGUUUAUUCUGGAAGCGUUAUAUAUUCGACAGUGUUAUGAUAUUUUACAAGGAAUUAUUGAAUCAAGCACAGAAGAAAAUAAAGUGUUAACUGAUCGUCAUCUAGAACAUCUUUUCCUAUUUGCUUGUAUGUGGUCACUUGGAGCUGUCCUAGAAUUAGAAGACCGCACAAAACUAGAAGAGUUUGUUACAAAGCACCCGUCCAAAAUGAGUUGGCCAAAAGUUCGCGAAAAUGAAACAAUCUUCGAGUUCGUCGUCAAUGACAACGGCCGUUGGCAACAUUGGUCCGAGCGCGUUGAAGAAUUCUAUUACCCACCGGAUCAAAUCUUAGAAUAUGCAAGUAUUCUAGUCCCUAAUGUAGACAACGUCCGAACAGCUUUCCUAAUAUCCACAAUUGCAAAACAAAACAAAGCCGUUCUCCUUAUCGGUGAACAAGGCACAGCAAAAACUGUAAUGAUAAAGGCGUUUACCUUACAAUUUGAUCCGGAUUUCAAACUAUUCAAAGCUUUCAAUUUUUCAUCUGCUACCACUCCAAAUAUGGUACAAAGAAUCAUUGAAUCCUAUGUUGAUAAAAGAGUCGGGACCACUUAUGGUCCCCCAGCGGGAAAAUCCCUCACUGUUUUCAUUGACGAUAUCAACAUGCCUGUGAUUAAUGCAUGGGGUGAUCAAGUAACCAAUGAAAUUGUGCGCCAGUUGAUGGAGCAAUCGGGUUUUUACAGUUUGGAUAAACCUGGAGAUUUCUCUACGAUUCUGGAUGUAUUGUUCUUAGCAGCCAUGAUUCAUCCAGGUGGUGGUCGUAAUGACAUACCAAAUCGCCUCAAACGACAAUAUUGUAUAUUCAACUGUACACUGCCGAGUGUGAGCUCAAUGGAUCAGAUUUUCAGUAAAAUCGGUAAAGGAUACUUUUGCGACGAACGCUUCCAACAAUGGAUAGUCGACUUCAUACCAAAACUAAUCCCACUUACACGUCACCUAUGGCAAAACACAAAAAUCAAAAUGUUGCCGACACCAGCAAAGUUCCAUUACGUAUUUAACUUGCGUGAUCUUUCACGUAUUUGGCAGGGGAUAACUUACAUCACAGAUGAAGAAUUACCCAAUUUGAAAGUGUUACUACAACUGUGGCAGCAUGAAUGCACCAGAGUAAUCUCUGAUAGAUUUACUUGUGAAGCAGACAGAGCUUGGUUCUUUAGCAAUAUCAAAAAAGUAGUAAAUGAAGAACUGCCAGAAUGCCUCGAGGAAUUUGACCCGGAACCUAUAUAUUUCGUUGACUUUUUAAAAGAUCCUCCAGAAGCAACUGGUGAUGAACCAGAUGACUUCGAUUUUAGUGCACCGAAGAUUUAUCAAGUCAUUCCAAGCUGGGAGUUUGUCAAAGAAAGAUUAUUCCAAUUCAUGGACGGCUAUAAUGAGACUGUCCGCAGUGGUCAAUUGGAUAUGGUCUUCUUCAUGGACGCCAUGAUACAUUUGUGUAUUAUAUCAAGAAUUGUACGCACACCGCGUGGAAACUCCAUGUUGGUCGGUGUGGGUGGAUCUGGCAAACAAAGUUUAACUAAGUUGGCAAGUUACAUUGCUAAUUACAAACAUUUCCAAAUACAACUUACGAGAUCUUAUAACAAUAACAACCUUGUGGAAGAUUUUAAAUAUUUAUACAGAGUUGCUGGCUUUGAAGGCAAAGGCAUCACUUUUAUUUUUACUGAUAAUGAUAUCAAAGAAGAAACUUUCUUGGAAUACUUAAACAAUGUGUUAAGUUCAGGAGAAAUAGCAAAUUUAUACGCUAAAGAUGAACUGGAUGAAAUUCAAUCUGAACUUAUACCUGUCAUGAAGAAGCAACAACCGAAACGUAUCCCUACAAAUGAUAAUCUGUAUGAUUUCUUCAUUUCAAGAGCCAGAAAUAAUCUUCAUGUGGUUUUGUGCUUCUCACCUGUGAGUGACAAGUUCCGUAGUCGUGCAAUGAAGUUCCCUGGUUUAAUAUCAGGCGUGACUAUGGAUUGGUUCUCAAAAUGGCCACUGGAUGCUCUGAUCGAAGUUAGUGAACAUAUUCUGCUUAAUUUCCCGAUUGUUUGCACACCAGAAGCAAAGCAUGAAUUGAUUCUGAUGACUUCCGAAGUUCAGGACUAUGUUGGAGAUGUUUGCAUUAAUUACUUUGACAGAUUCCGGCGACAAACUUUUGUUACACCUAAAACAUUUUUAUCAUUCCUGAGUAGUUACAAAGCUUUAUAUGGUGAUAAACAUGAAGAUAUUGAGGUGUUAGCUGUGCGUAUGAAGACUGGACUUGGUAAACUGGUUGAAGCAGGCGCUAGUGUUGAUAUAUUGCGGAAGGAACUAGCAAUAAAAGAAAAGGAUAUUGUGCUCGCUACCAACGAAGCUGAGAAGGUUUUGAAUGUCGUUAUGGAGGCUUCUGAGAUAGCGAAUAAAAUCAAAGAAGAAGCUACUGUUGUAAAGGAAAAAGCUGAAGUAUUAGUAGCUAAUAUCAGUGUGGAUCAACAAGAGGCUGAAACUAAGUUAAAAGAUGCAAAACCUGCGUUAGACGCAGCUGAGGCAGCUUUAUUAACAAUCAAAGCGGCGGAUAUUGCAACUGUGCGUAAAUUGGGCAAACCUCCACAUUUGAUUAUGUUGAUCAUGGAUGCCGUGAAUAUUUACUUCCGGAAGAAGAUGGAACCUAUUCAGGUUGAUCCAGAGAAAAAGUUCCUUGUUACAUCUUGGAGUGAAUCCCUUAGAGUAAUGGCAGAUACUAAAUUCCUACAAAAAUUACAAGAAUAUCCAAAGGAUACAAUCAACGGUGAAAUGUUAGACUUGCUAAUUCCUUACUUUGACUUCCCCACUUACAACUACGAAGCAGCCAAAACAGCUUGCGGUAACGUAGCUGGUUUGAUUUCAUGGACAAUUGCAAUGGCAUCUUUUUAUAAAGUAAACAAAGAUGUCUUACCACUGAAAGCUAAUUUAGUCAGACAACAAGCAAAACUAGACAAAGCACAAACCGAACUGGGUGCAGCUAUGAAAUUACUGCAGACCAAAGAAGCAGAAGUGAAACAAUGUCAAGAAAAGUAUGAUGCAGCAAUGACGUUCAAACAAGCUGUUUUGGAUGAUGCCAAUAAAGUCAAAUCCAAGAUGGAUGCCGCAACUGCUUUGAUUAAUGGCUUGAGUGGUGAACGAGUUCGUUGGACAGAACAAUCAGCUCAGUUCAAAGCGGAAACAGAGCGUUUAAUCGGUGACGUUCUGAUUUUGACUGCGUUCUUGGGCUAUGCAGGUCCAUUCAAUCAGGAAUUGAGAAUCAUGAUGCAGAGAGACUGGAACAAGAUGAUUCUUGAACACAAGAUUCCUGUUUCCAGCAAUAUAAACGUGAUUGAGAGCAUGGCGGAUACAGCAACUAUUGGUGAAUGGAACUUGGAAGGCUUACCAACUGACGAGUUAUCCAUUCAAAAUGCAAUCAUUGUGACGAAGGCAACACGAUUUCCUUUACUAAUUGAUCCACAGAAUCAAGGCAAGAAUUGGGUUAAAAACAAAGAAAUGAAUAAUGACCUUGUUGUUACUGCAUUAAGCCAUAAGUACUUCAGGAAUCAUAUUGAAGAUGCAGUGACUCUGGGUCGUCCAUUAAUCAUCGAAGAUGUAGGUGAAGAAUUGGAUCCUGUAUUGGAUAAUGUCCUGGAGAAAAAUUUGAUUAAAAUCGGCACAAUGUACAAAGUUAAAAUCGGUGAUAAAGAAGUUGAUUUCGUGAAAGGCUUCCGAGUUUAUAUCACUACCAAAUUAGCCAAUCCAUCAUACACUCCUGAGAUCUUUGCGAGAACUUCAAUCAUUGAUUUUACUGUAACCAUGAAAGGUCUUGAAGACCAAUUGUUAGGCCGUGUGAUUCUCAGUGAAAAACGAGAGUUGGAAACUGAGCGUACAACAUUAAUGAAAGAUGUAACAGCAAACAAGCGUAAAAUCGGUGAAUUGGAGCAGAAUUUGUUGUAUAAACUGACAACAACUCAAGGAAAUCUCGUUGAGGAUGAAUCAUUGAUUGGUGUGUUGAAUAUCACCAAAAAUACUGCAACAGAAGUGCGUGAAAAGUUGAGUAUCGCCAGGGAAACUGAGAUUAAAAUUAACGCGGCCCGUGAAGAGUUUCGACCGAUUGCAACACGCGGGAGUGUGUUGUAUUUCUUAAUUACCACUAUGGCAAUGGUAAACUGCAUGUAUCAAACAUCUUUGGUGCAGUUUUUGGAACGCUUUGAUCUUUCCAUGUUAAGAUCGGACAAGAGCAAUGUUCAAACAAAACGAAUCAACAACAUAAUAGAAUACUUGACAUAUGAAAUCUUCAAGUAUAAAUCACGGGGUCUAUAUGAAAGGGACAAGUACAUGUUUGUGUUGAUGAUGACUCUAAAAAUCGACUUACAACGUGAGCACAUCAGUCAUGAAGAAUUUAGUAUUUUCAUCAAGGGUGGUGCCGCUCUGGAUUUAAAUACAGUUGCACCAAAACCUGCCAAAUGGAUUCUGGAUAUGACUUGGUUGAAUUUAGUUGAACUAUCGAAACUACGCCAUUUCCAAUACAUAGUCACUCAAAUUACAAACAAUGAAAAACUGUGGAAAUCAUGGUUUGAUAAAGAUAUACCUGAAGAAGCACCUAUUCCAGAUGGAUAUAAUACUUUAGAUACAUUUAGAAAACUGUUAUUAAUUCGUGCAUGGUGUCCGGAUCGUACAUACACACAAAGCAAAAAAUACAUUGCGUCUUCACUAGGACAAAAAUAUGCAGAGCCUGUGAUCCUGAAUCUGAAUACAAUGUUAGAAGAAAGUCGUCCAAUGACGCCAAUGAUUUGCUUUUUAAGUAUAGGCUCUGAUCCCACACCGUACAUUGAAACAUUGGCAAAACGAGUUGAGAAUAGAGUGAAGACUAUGUCCAUGGGGCAAGGACAAGAAGUUCAUGCAAGGAAGAUGUUAGCUGAAGCUGAAUCAGAAGGUUUUUGGGCUUUGUUACAAAAUACACAUCUUGGAUUGGAUUAUAUGGAUGAAGUUAUGCUAGAUUUUCAAGAGAUGGAAAAGGCCACAAAUCCAACACAUCCAGAUUUCCGUCUGUGGAUUACAACGGAAGUACAUGAUGAUUUUCCGAUUGGUUUAUUGCAGAUGUGUAUUAAGUUUACCAAUGAACCACCAUCAGGAAUUCGUGCUGGAUUGUUAAGAACAUACACGUCUAUGAGUCAAGACAUGUUGGAUUAUUCUGAUCAAGCGGAAUAUAUACCACUGGUCUAUGCAAUAUCAUUUUUACACACCGUUGUUCAAGAGCGCAGGAAAUUUGGGCCUCUAGGGUGGAAUAUUCCGUACGAAUUUAAUUCGGCUGAUUGGUUGGCCAGUUGUAUGUUUAUACAGAAUCAUCUGGAUGAUUUAGAUCCUAUUUUGGGAAUCAGCUGGACUACAAUACGAUACAUGCUUGGAGAAGUACAAUAUGGCGGAAGAGUUACCGAUGACUACGAUAAACGCUUACUAAACACGUUCGCCAAGGUGUGGUUCAGUGACAAAAUGUUCAACGACGAUUUCCAGUUUUAUAAAGGAUAUAAAAUCUACAAGUAUAAACAAGUCACUGAUUAUAUAACUACAAUCGAGUCAUUUCCGGGUGCUGAUCCACCUCAAGCAUACGGAUUACAUCCAAAUGCAGAUAUAACCUUUUCCUCCAAUUAUUGCAACGCAAUGCUGUCAACAAUAUUAUCAAUUCAACCGAAAGAUGCAAGCGCAGGAGGUGGUGAAACGCGAGAAGUUAAAGUCACACGAAUUUGCUUGGAAAUGUUGAGUAAACUGCCGGAAGAUUAUGAUCCAUUCGAAGUGAAAGAACGCCUUCGAAUAAUGGGACAUUUAAACCCGUUAAAUAUCUUUUUACGCCAGGAAAUUGAUAGAAUGCAGCGUGUUAUCUUGUUAAUUCGCGUCACCCUGAAAGAUCUGUUAUUGGCCAUUGAAGGCACUAUUAUAAUGAACGAGAGUUUGAGAGACGCUUUGGAUAACAUUUUCGACGCACGCGUGCCCGAAAUCUGGAUUAGAAACUCCUGGUCAGCUACAAGUAUAGGUUUCUGGUAUUCUGAAGUAAUUGACAGAGAUCAACAAUUCCGCACGUGGUGUUAUGGUGGCCGUCCGGUGAUUUUCUGGAUGACUGGAUUCUUUAAUCCUCAAGGCUUUUUAACCGCAAUGCGUCAAGAAGUUGCGCGUGCACACAAAGGCUGGGCGCUUGAUCAAGUAGUUCUACACAAUGAAGUUUCCAAAAAUAUGCGCGAAGAGAUUAAAAUAUCACCUCCGGAGGGUGUGUACGUCUAUGGUCUGUACAUAGACGGAGCUGGUUGGGAGCGCCGGCAUUCACGCUUGACAGAAUCAACAAACAAAGUACUCUACACGCAAUUACCUGUUGUACACAUUUUCGCAAUAUUCUCAACCGCAGCGAAAGAUCCAAAACUAUACGCCUGCCCGGUAUAUAAGAAGGCGAAUCGAACAGAUCUGAAUUUCAUCACACCAUUAUGGCUGUGCACGGUGAAGCCACCCGAACAUUGGAUAUUGCGAGGCGUUGCGUUGCUAUGCGACACAUCGUAAAUGCGCACAACGUAAAAAUGCACUCCCUGUGGUUGUUUUUAAGCUAAAUUAAAGGUAUAUAAAAAAUAAAUGGCAAAACUUUAAAAGCUGCAGUGCUUCUCGCGAGGAUAAUGAAUGACGAAAUCAGUUCUCGGCGGCGGUCAGCGCCAUGACGGUGAAAUUGACGUCCUCGGAGUCUCGGGCCACAAACUGUUUGCAUACUUUUGCUGCGUCCUGUA